AUGUUUAGUUCAAUGUUCUUCAAUGAAGAUGGUGACUUAGCUCAUGAGUUUUAUGAAGAAGUAAAGUCAAAAAAGAAGAAGCGAUCAAAGAUGAAGAAAGUUGAUUCCAGUUUAUUACGACCACAGGUACGUCAGGUAGUUGCAUAUGUACUAUUAAGGUAAUUCCGCAGUUUUGCAUUGCGCACUUUUACUGCGCACAUCUUAUAACUUAUAAUUUCAUCCAUUAUACGUACCGUUUAUAAAAAAUGUUUUCAAAAAAGGCAUACAAAAGUGUAGCUAGGGUUCCUGUGUCUGUAGUAUAUUUAUUUACUUGUAUUUCACGUUUUAAUGCCACAAUUCCCUAAAAAGAUCGGUGACCCCCGUUUUUUAACUGAUAAUUUAUUUCUUUAAUGCAUUUUACAUUUCAUAUCCGAAAUUAAAAGAAAAAUAAUUUCUGGAUCUUGAAAAAAAAUCCUUUAUCAAUGCAUGUUCUCAAAGAAAGAUAUGUCUUUAAAUGUGGAAAAGACCUUUGUGGAUCAGAAUUGUACAAGUUAGUAGUUUCAUUUUGCUCAAAACACAAUAUUUUUUCAAAAAUAAAUACAAGAUAGGUUUACUAAAGCAAAAUCCGCGCUAUAAACGUCAAUAAAUAUCGGGCUGUUUUGAUUUUGCUGUUACUCGUAAUGAGCGUCAAGAUGGCGCCAUAUUGGGGUAAAGGUGGUAUAUUGUGAUUGUCAUAUCUUCUUAACGAGUUCGGUGAGCCCGACUUUUUUGUGUGAUUUUACUAUAAGUAUAUCAUAAACUCCAUGCCUGGGAAGUUUCAGCACAUUCUCAUUUAGAGAACAAUUACUGCGGAAUUACCCUAAGUGCUAUUUAAGAAUACUAAAACAUGAUUAUUCUUGCUGGUAACUUAUUUACAGGGACAAGUUAAUUUGCAGUUUCCAAAAAUUCACCCAGAUCUGCCAAUCAUAAUGUGUGAAGUUUGAAAGGGAAGAAGACUGCUGUCCACUGAAGUAUUGUGUGACAAAUACAUUGAAUGACACAAGUUCAAGUUUUCAUGAAAUCAAGAAUGAGAAGUACUUUAACUACUUUACGUGCAAGGUCUAAAAUGGUCACCAUUGCUUCCCAUCUCAGGUUUUCAUUUCAAACUCUGUUGGUGAAUAUGAAGACAAAGAAGUUUUCUUACUUGAUAAAAAGUUGGGUAUGACAGUUGGGCUGAUGAAUUAUAUAUAUUGA